CGGGAGCUUCAGGCGCAGGCCGACCUCGACGAUUCGGGUAUCUCCGCAGGUAUUUCGAGGACGAGCGCUCACUACGCAACUGUUGCUCCUUUCAAUACUUUGCGCUGCAGUCUUAACUCCCACCCCAGAUACCCCAAAACUCCAUCACCGCGUUCAUCACCGCCGUCUGGCCCUCCCGGUGAACUGUUCGGGGGGGUUAUCGGCGCUCGGGAGCAUAAGCUCGAAGACGAGCUUGCCCAAGGGGGCUCUGGAAUGGGUCACGAUAACAACUAUUGUGAACUCUGGUACAGUGGUGAAGACGACAACAAGGAAGACGCAAACGAUGAGCACAUUGACUUCUAUCUCGACGAUGACUCCAUUUCCGUCUCCGAACGAACUCGUCCCUUGACCUAUGUCUCGCCAAAAAGAUCGCACGACAACUCCAACUCCAACUCCUCGUCUCCACAAACGGCCUCGCCCCCGGGCCCUCGCAAAGUAUAUGCAUUACCAGCCAUCCCGCCCGUAUCACCUCUGCGCUUCACCGAGCUUGGUUUCCUGGCUGACCCAGCGGAAUAUUCACACAGGUUUUCCGGUCUUGUCGACGGGCAAUGCGACGCGUUUCCCUCCGAACAUUCCGAGAUGACUGCGGAGAAGGCAUCGGAGCGCGACCCGGACGGGGAUUUGUUCGGCCCCGCUUAUCGGGGGUCAUCGGGGAUCGCCCCAUAUAUGGGGCCGGACAUUCGGGCUGUUGCGCCGCCACGUCCGGCGCGUGUUCCGGUACGCUGCUUUACUCACGGUGUCAAGAAACAGAAUGGCUGUCAAAGGUGCGAGGUGGUCACAUUUUGGGAGAUUGGUCUGAAGCCUGGAGAGCAUAUGGGCUCUCCUGCGCCCGAGCCCGAGCAGUUUUGAGGUAAGGUUUGGGUUGCACUCAAGGUAAGUGAUAACAUGUCUCCAUGUCGCAAGAAGUGAGGCCAUGUGGGAUUGUUAUAUUUGAUGGUGGCUGGUAUUUUCUUGAGAAUCGAACCAACAUUUUUC